GUAUUCCAUGUGCGAAGUAAUAUCUCCUUCUUAGAUGAGGAGGAGGAGGAGUGGCCCAGGGGGGAAGAAGCAAAAGUGGAGAGCCAUCGGGAGGAGUCAGGACGGAGUUUCUCCACCAGUAGGAUGAACGAAGCCAAACUGGUGGGCACUGCGGAUCCCCCCAUUGGGGAGAGCUCACACGGAAGAAAGGAAUCGGACGAGUGCAGCGGGUGUAGUGAAGGAAAUCAACAUGGAGAGUGCACCACUACUUGGGGAGUCGAACGAGAGGUCAUGUACCAAAGAAUGCACAGCGUGGUAAAGAGGAGGUUAAAAAAAAAAAAGAAAAGUUACUCCGUUCUUAUUUUUUUCAAAACGCAAAUUUACGCUGAUAUGUUUUAUAGUGAAUAUCACUGUACAUGUUUGAACCACUUGCUGGAGAGUCGACAGGGAGAGUGGCACAACUUGGUGGACGCAUCGGGAGAGAAGGGGUACCCUGAAUGGCAUGUCUACUGUGCGUUUGUCAGCCUAGUGUACUACAUUGUUGAUGUAGAAGUGGGGGCGCGUCAGGUGGAGGCGGAUGUCUUACCCCAAGUAGACGAGCCGCUUCAACGAAGCGAGGGAAAGACUAGUGAGCAUAAGAGGGGCUCGAGGGAGACACACGGGAGGGAGAGAGCCACAGAGAGAGCCACAGAGAGAGCCACAGAGAGGGCCACAGAGAGAGCCACAGAGAGGGCCACAGAGAGAGCCACAGAGAGAGCGAAUCGCCUCCCUUCGAGUAAUGACAACCCAUUCGAUAUAAAUCACUUUGAGAAUUUUCAAAAAAGCGUUAUCACAGAUGGGAACACGUGCAUAUCUACUUGCCCACUCUGCAUGGAGCUUCUGUCCGAGGAGGUGUGCUUCACCCUAACGAGGAGCAAAAAAUGGCACGUCCGAAAAAAGGGGAAGGCGAGCAAGCUGUACGAUUAUGUGAACUUGUCCUGUAAUGUCUGCUCUCUGAUUUUUCUCUACGACUCGGUGUCGAGGCUGGUGGGGGUGCAUUGGGGGGGUCAAGCGGUCACAGGCACGGCGAAGGGUAGAGCAAAGGGUACAGCAAAGGGCAGAGCAAAGGGUACAGCAACAGGGACACCGAAAGGCGCGGCGCACUCGGUAGAGAACAUUAUCGAGCACCCCGUUGAGCACCCCGUUGAGCACCUCGUUGAGCACCCCGCUGAGCACCCCGUUGAGCAGACCAGAACGCGCGGCGAAGGGCCCCCCGCGAGAGAUGCCCGAAGCAGGCUGGGACAAGUAGUAAGCACCCUCAAGUGCAGGCACUGCAACAACGUGGACGAUAUAUGGCUGUGCCUUACGUGCGCGAACAUCGGCUGCGGGAGGUACCAGAAGAGUCAUGCCAAAUUUCACAGCACCAUGUAUAAUCACCACUACUGCCUGAACCUGAGGACGAAGCAAGUGUGGAAUUACAUGCGGGAGGCUUUUAUUGAGGACAAGGUGGAGGAUGAUCAGAGUGAGUUGGCGAGUGCCUGGCGUGAAGGCAGUGGUCCGACUAGUGGUCCGACUUGUGGUGGGUUCGGUUGUAGCGCGUACCAUCCAUGUGUAGAUGCAUCCCCUCCAGGAAGGUGCCAUUUUGUGGACGGGGAGUAUGAUCUAUGCUACGGUGACGAGAGGGAGGCGGCCCUGGACCACUCCGGCCACGUGAACUGCGACGCGCACGGCAUGCAGGACAGCUACGACAUGCAGGGCAGCUACUACACGCAGGACAACUACUACACGCACGAUCACUGCGAUGCUCACGACAUCUACGACAGCCGCAUUUACAACAAAAUCUACGACAUUUUCACAGACGACGCCUACAUCAGUGAUGGACUGAAGAACGAGCUCCUGUACAGUUUGUAUUCCCUGCUGUCUCACGAGUCAAACGUUUAUAACAGCAGUCUCAUCGAACUGCAGUGCAGAUACAUGAAUAGAGUCGACAUGGAGAGUAGGAACAUGAAGAGUGUACGAGAUACGCUCAAUAAAGUUGAGAACCAAAACAGAAAAAUGCAAAGCUUCCUUCAAAAGGUGGAGUCUUCCAUUAAGACAAAGAACAACGAGAGGGCGCAACUCCAGGAGAAGAUCGCCUUCCUCAGGGACCUCAACAGUAAUAUCGUUUCGCAGCGGAGAAGCGCGCGUGGGGGGGAAGCGGCGAAAGGGUCAGCGGAGAGGGGGUCAAACGGGCCAAACGGGCCAAAGGGGGGCGAGGGCGGUGGCGUGCAGUACGACGGUGACGACUCCAGGAAGAUAAAGCGGCUGGACGAGACGAUCCUCGCGCUGCAGGCGCAGGUGGAUGAGCUGCUGCGCGGGAUGUAG